UCGGCUUUCGUGCUGCGUGAACUGCAGGCGCGACUCGCGAGAUUGUUUGUGUUUUUAUUCUUUUGUUUUUUGGUGGGGGAUCCAGCUGUAGGCGGGAACGUUUGAGUUUUUUUUAUCAAUUGUCGAGUUUUUAUGAGAAAUUUCGAUUCGAACGAUCUUCUAAGUACUAUCGAUUAAGUUGGUAUUGACUUUGAGCACAGGCGUUUUUUAUGCAAAAUUUGUCAAAUCAACGCUCAAUCGAGAGUACGAAGUGGUCUGUCCUGAAAUUAUUAAAUAUAAGUAUGACAUGCAUAUCGCCGCCGCAGUCAGUGCAUCUGUGAUCUCCGAGCGGUGAAGUCGAAGCUAGGUUAUGUCGGUUACUUAGUCAACAAAGCGCCUCAGAUGACGGCAUACGAUGUUAGUUAGAAGUUUUUCUUUUCAAUGGGUUUUAGUCGUAGUCUUUGUUUUGAUUAUUUUCUACGAGAACAUACGCUAUAAUCACCUGCAAGAGGGCAACUCCAAAUUGCAAAAUGCUCUUUUACAACUCAAGACAGAGAUCAAGAGUAAUCCUAUACCAGAACUCCAACCGAAAGCGCAGUCGUUAUCGGACAAUGACGACUACGUUGUGAUAUACAACAGAGUUCCAAAGACAGGCUCAACGAGCUUUGUAGGGGUUGUGUAUGAUAUGUGCAAGAAGAAUAAGUAUCACGCGCUUCAUAUCAAUGUAACAAAUAACAUGCAUACUCUCACACUUCCUAAUCAAAUAAAUUUUGUUCGUAAUAUAAGCAAAUGGAAUUCCAUAAAACCUGCAUUUUACCACGGACAUAUGGCUUUUUUAGAUUUUCAGAAAUUUGGCCUAGACAGCAGUCCAUUGUACAUAAACUUGCUGCGGAAGCCAUUAGAUAGGUUUGUUUCCUACUACUAUUUCCUACGGUAUGGUGAUAACUUUAGGCCUCACUUAAUUAGAAGGAAACAUGGAGAUACUAAGACUUUUGAUGAGUGUAUUAAUGCUGGACAAGCAGAUUGUGAUCCUAAUAAUAUGUGGCUUCAAAUUCCUUUUCUCUGUGGACAUGAUCCAGCCUGCUGGGAGGUGGGCAAUGAAUGGGCUUUGGAAGAAGCAAAGCGUAAUCUGCAAAAACACUACCUUUUAGUAGGAGUCACAGAGGAACUGUCAGAUUUUAUAUUAACUCUUCAAGUUGUUUUACCUAGAUUUUUUAAGGGUGCCUAUGAUGUCUUUAUGCACAAUAACAAAUCACACCUGCGGCAGACCACACAAAAGAUUGAUCCACUUCCAGAGACUAUUAAAAAGAUUCAAAAGUCAGUUGUAUGGAAGAUGGAAAAUGAGUUAUACAACUAUGCUUUAUCUCAAUUUCAUGCUUUGAAAAAACGUCUUAUAAAUGCUUCCAUGCAAGACGCCAAUCAACGUUUCUUUUAUGAGAAAAUAAGACCAAAAUAGACUUUUUGGAAACUUCAUUUUACAAAAAUUUCAUCUGUGUGCAUAUACGAUUUUAAAGCUUGCAUAGUAGUUUUUACAAAAGAAUUUAUUGACGUCAUAACUAUUUAAUACAUACUAAUGAAUAUCCUAGGAAUAAUUUUUUAUUAAAUAAUUUUUUUACUUAACAUAAAUGUGUAUGUUUGAGCCUGUGAGUGUAUAAAAUGAUGAUGUUGAUAUUAUAUUUAUAUCAAAAGUUUUUAAUUAAAUACUUUUAGUUACAGAUUAAAUGUUAUAAAAGUGGUAUCUGAUUUUUAAGAAUCAAGACAGUGUGAUAUUUAUAAUAAAUAACUUUGUCUGAUUUUAAAAGCA